AGAUCCACUAGUAAAAGAGAUGGAAACUUAUCCAACUGCAUCAAUCAUCUUGGGUAAAACUCUUCGCGCCUUCUUUUCCUCAUUAAGUUCUUCACCAGUUCCUCGAACCUCUCCACACAAUUUCUAAUCCAGUCGGUCUUUUAAUCGACCUAAUGGGUACUCCUGCGUCACCAAAUCUCGACGACUACUCAGCCGCUUCUACUGUCAUCACGUUCGACCGCCCGCUCCCCUUGCUCCGCGGGCCCAUCCAUGCCGGCCCUGCUGACGAUCCCACUGCCGGGCCAUACCUCCUCGCAUUCCGGGACUCCCGAGCCUGGAGCUCCGCGCUCCGAGCCUGCCAGUCCAAAAUCGUCCAGCAGUGCGAAAGCGGGGCAAGAGUCGGGUGCGCCCUCGCGGCGUCGGAUAAAUGCAAACCCCCCUGGUGGCGCGCAGUGAUCGGCCGGAAACCGACGGAUCUAAGAGAACGAGAGCGGUGCGAGGAGCGAGAAAUGGAGGGUUGUUUCGUGACGGCGAAGGAGAAGUGCAUCGGGUUCGCGAGGGACAAGUGUGCGACGCCUUUCCGAGAUGCGCGGAUUGCCAUCAAGGAAAGGCGGGUGAUUCCGAAGGACCUUGGGAAGUUAAUUUAUUUGGCGUCGGUCCUGGAUAGGUGUACGUGGGUUGAUUUGAUUCUAUUGGAUCAAUUGAAUUCGCGGGCUUUAGCUCCAACGAAUUAUAGGGCGAGUGAAUUGCUCGGCUCUGAUCCUGAAUGUUUUGAAGUAGGUGGUGGCGGAAAAAUCAGAAACGCUUCUCUUGAAGUGGGUCCGCUGCAGAGGAACUGAAAAUGGAUUAGCAGCCAACCAAUAAGCACGAAGCUUGUUGCCUCUAUGGUUCUCCACUUGCAGCAUUAGAUUCCAGAAGGUGUUGGUAAGGAACAUGAAUAUUUCCUAUUUUGGUUGCACAUCAAUUGUAUAUCAUUCCUUUAUUCUGUUACAAUGUUCACUUGAAAUGAACUUAUAAAAAAAAAUGUUCACUUGAAAUGUGCACGUGUAUUGUGUUGCUGCUUGUUGCAUUUCUUGGUUGACUUUUAGUGAGCCAAUCAUUGGGCAUAUGAAACUGGUGGAACCCAAUGUACUGUUGUUUUUUCUCUACAAUAAACUGCUUGUCUAUAAGCGUCGUUCUUCUUUGAUGGAUUAUCGUCAUGUGUUAUGUAAUACCCCCUCCCCGGUUAGGAAUGCUGCUCACUUUUAAAAGAAUUUUCUUACAAGCCGGGUAUAAAAGAUUCCACAAAACUAAAACAACCAAACUUUAUUAAAUAAAAGAGAGUUAUAGGUAGCAUAU